AUGAGCUGUCCUUCAAUCCGAUAGCUUCUACAAUUCCCAUUGACGGCGGCUGCUUUUCUUCCUUUUCUUCAGUCUCUCACUUCGAGUAGUCGGAAGGCGCCAAAUCGCCAGAGCGAUUUUCCGAAAUUUUCCUGCAUAUCUUGCUCUGGUGGGAAGGGUUUGAUGUUUUCUAUAGGGUUUUGAAUUGUUGCCCUCGAUCGAGAUCAUUUUUUUGUUAUGGCCGACAAUAUCGAAGAAUCAAAUGACGUCGCUGGUUCUGUGUUUUUCUUGGUUUCUUGAUUUCAAGAUGGGGUUGCGGAUAAAUACAACGUUGAAGCAGCCGAACUUCUUGCAACUAAGGCAUUGCGUUUGCCUUUGUCGGAGGCUGUGCCAAUAUACGAACAACUCCUGACCACAUUUCCCACUUCGGCAAAAUAUUGGAAGCAAUAUGUGGAAGCAUACAUGGCUGCGAACAAUGAUGAAGCAACAAGACAAGUAUUUAGUCGCUGCCUUUUGAGUUGUCUGCAAGUUCCACUUUGGCGCUGCUAUAUCCGCUUCAUAAGGAAAAUUAAUGAUAAAAAGGGAGUUGAGGGUCAGGAAGAGACUAAAAAGGCUUUUGAAUUCAUGCUUAAUUAUGUCGGAGCUGAUAUAUCGUCUGGCCCUGUGUGGAUGGAGUACAUUGCCUAUUUGAAAUCCUUACCGGGUCAGAGAACACAAGAAGAAUCAAAUCAAAUGGGUAUUAUACGCAGGACAUACCAGAGGGCUAUUGUUAUGCCUACUCAUCAUGUGGAACAGCUUUGGAGGGAUUAUGAAAAUUUUGAGAAUACAGUUAGCCGAGCCCUGGCAAAAGGAUUGUUGGCUGACUUACAACCAAAAUAUAACAGUGCAAGGGCUGUUUACAGGGAACGCAAGAAAUAUGCUGAUGAAAUAGAUUGGAAUAUGCUUGCUGUUCCUCCUUCUGGUUCUCCUAAGGAGGAAACACAAUGGAUAGCAUGGAAAAAUUUAUUGAACUUUGAGAAAGGCAACCCGCAGAGAGUCGAUAAUGCUUCUGCAAACAAGCGAAUUGCUUUUUCUUAUGAGCAGUGUCUCAUGUAUUUGUACCAUUAUCCUGAUAUAUGGUAUGAUUAUGCUAUGUGGCAUGCAAAAAGCGGUUCCAGAGACUCUGCAAUUAAAAUUUUCCAGCGUGCACUGAAGGCUCUUCCUGAGUCGGAUAUCCUAAAGUAUGCUUAUGCUGAGCUAGAGGAAUCUCAUGGAGCAAUUCAGGCUGCAAAAAAAGUGUAUGAAAGUUUUUUUGGGGAUGCUGUGAAGGCUACAGCUCUUUCUCAGAUCCAGUUCAUACGAUUUUUGAGAAGAACUGAAGGAGUUGAAGCAGCUCGCAAAUACUUUCUUGAUGCUCGCAAAUCACCCAAUUGCACAUACCAUGUAUAUGUUGCUUAUGCAAUGAUGGCCUUUUGUCUUGAUAAAGAUUCUAAGCUUGCAAACAACAUAUUUGAAGCAGGUCUGAAACGAUUCAUGCAUGAACCCAGCUACAUCCUUGAGUAUGCUGAUUUUUUGUACCGCUUGAAUGAUGAUAGAAAUAUCCGUGCGCUAUUUGAACGAGCACUUAGCUCACUUCCCUCUGAUGAAUCGGUUGAGGUUUGGAAAAAAUUCACUCAAUUUGAGCUGACCUAUGGAGAUCUUGCCAGUAUGUUAAAGGUUGAGCAAAGGAGGAAAGAAGCUUUAUGUCAGAUGGGUGAGACUGGAGAAUCAACUUUGGAGGAUUCUCUGCAUGAUCUUAUAUCACGAUAUAGUUUUAUGAACCUGUGGCCAUGUUCCCCCAGGGACUUAAAUCACUUAGCUCAGCAAGAGUGGCUGUCUAGAAAUGCCAAGACAAAGAUAGAUAAUUCUAGUCCUGCUAAAGUUGCCAGUUCUGCAGAUAAGGGUGUAUCAGGAAUAACAAAUAACUCCUCUGUAAAGAUUGUUUAUCCAGAUGUAUCCAAAAUGGUUGUUUAUUGCCCCAUACAAAAGCCUGGUGCUCCUGUCCCGUCACCAUCUGGUGUUCCAAAUACCUUAUCAAAUGGUGUAGUUAUGAGUGGUGGUGGAGCAACAACUGCAAGCAGUGAUGUAUUGAAAGCCUUACCCCCAUCAUUAGCAAAUUUUGCGAUGAAUUUACCUGCUGUUGAAGGUGAAUGCCCGGCCCCAGAUGCUGAUUUCGUUAUAUCCAUAUGUUUGCAAAGUAACAUACCUCUGGCAAAUUUGAAAUCUGGGGCACCUCAGCAGUUGCAAUCUGGGUCUGCUCCAAGUACCAGUGAUCUAUCCGGUUCAAGCAAAUAUAGACAAACAAGAGGCAGGCAAACCGGAAAAAGGAAAGAUUCAGAUAGGCAAGACGAUGAUGAUGCAAGCACUGUGCAGAGCCAACCACUGCCCAGAGAUGCAUUCAAGAUACGGCAAUUACAGAAGGCUCGUGCUGCCAGUUCCCGAACUGGCGGCUCUACAUCGUAUGGGAGUGGAUUCUCGGGAGACUUCUCUGGUAGCUCUAGUUGAUGCACCCCCUCCGGCAUCUAUUCCCACAGGUGUUGUCUGUAAUUUAUUGUUAGAAAACAGAAAAUCUUUAUUUAUAUGAAUAAAAAAAAACUUAGGCCAGGGUGAGUUGUCUUCUGCACUUAAUAAUAAUGGUAGUUUUCAGUUCCCUUUGCUUUGCACAGUGAAAUGAGAUGAGCUGCUGAUGGAUUGUUACCAUCGAACAUCAGCUUCCCAAACACUACCAAAGGUGAUAUAUGAUCCACUUGUUAUCAUUUUCAUUAUUAAUGUUAGGAGUGGAAAUAAUUUGAUCGACUUUCUUA